AUGGCGUACGAGCGGGUUCUCCUGGGGAUGGGCAAUCCUCUUCUCGACAUUUCAGCUGUCGUUGACAAUGAAUUCUUGACAAAAUAUGACAUCAAGCCGAACAAUGCCAUUCUUGCUGAGGACAAGCACCUGCCCAUGUAUGACGAAAUGGCUUCCAAGUCCAAUGUAGAGUAUAUUGCUGGAGGUGCGACUCAAAAUUCAAUUAGGGUUGCCCAGUGGAUGCUCCAAGUUCCUGAUGCGACUAGUUACAUUGGAUCCAUUGGGAAGGACAAAUUUGGAGAAGAGAUGAAGAAAAAUAGUAAACUUGCUGGUGUUAAUGUACAAUACUAUGAAGAUGACAAGGCUCCAACAGGAACAUGUGCUGUUUGUGUAGUUGGUGGUGAGAGGUCCCUUGUUGCUAACUUAUCAGCUGCAAAUUGUUACAAAUCUGAGCAUUUGAAGCAACCAGAAAACUGGGCUCUGGUGGAAAAGGCAAAAUAUUUCUACAUUGCUGGAUUUUUCCUUACUGUGUCUCCUGAGUCCAUCCAACUGGUUGCUGAACAUGCAGCUGCAAACAAUAAGGUAUUCAUGAUGAAUCUAUCUGCUCCUUUCAUUUGUGAGUUCUUCAAGGAUGUGCAGGAGAAAGCCCUGCCGUACAUGGACUAUGUUUUUGGGAAUGAGACAGAAGCAAGAACCUUUUCAAGGGUUCAUGGCUGGGAGACUGACAAUGUCGAGGAGAUCGCUAUAAAGAUUUCCCAGUUGCCCAAAGCAUCAGGUGCUCACAAGAGGAUUACUGUGAUCACACAAGGUGCAGAUCCUGUUGUGGUUGCUCAGGAUGGGAAGGUGAAAUUGUAUCCUGUGAUCUUGUUGCCUAAGGAGAAGCUGGUUGAUACCAAUGGAGCUGGGGAUGCAUUUGUUGGGGGAUUCUUGUCUCAGCUGGUUCAAGAGAAGCCCAUGGAAGACUGUGUUAGAGCUGGUUGUUAUGCCGCAAAUGUUGUCAUCCAAAGGUCAGGCUGCACAUACCCCGAAAAGCCUGAUUUCCAUUAG